CCGGCUCAAGUGUUUCCUCUAUGGCUGGACCAGACCUUUAACAAUCAGGGCGGGGCUAAGUCGCACUCUACCAAUAGCAGGAGGCGGCCGGGUCAGGCCAGAGAUGCUCCCUGCGCUGUGAUCGCUGAGGAAAGACAAGUCCGCGCAGAGAAACCGCUGCCCUAGGUAAGCGGCCUGGACCGAGAGGGAGGCAGCGCUGCCCGUUAGUCAGAGAGCCAAUCAGAGUGGAACAAGCCAAGCCAACGACCAACAGCCACCCCGCCUCGAGGCCAAACGUAUCUCUCCUCUGAUUGGGCGAUGUCCGUGCCAAUCACAGCGGGAGCCACGAAAUCUCGGCCAAUAGCAAGAAGCGCCCGGCUCCGAUUUGCGGCGCCGGGUCCACGCGGUGGUUGCGAUCGAGGUCGGCGCUUGGUGAUCACCUCCCCUUAAGCCAAACCCCCGGAGCAGGCCGGCGUCGCGCGCGCUUGUCAGUCAGAGAGCCAAUCAGAGUUGGGUAAGCCCGCGGCCCCUGCGGCUGCAGGCCGAACUGUUUCCUCUGUGAUUGGGCGAGCCGCCUGACAAUCAGGGCGGAGCCAGCGAAGGCUCGGCCAAUAGCAGGAGGCGGCCAGGUCAGCCCUGCGACUAACUGUAGGCGCGGUGGUCGUUAGACUGUUGGGAGGCUGCACCCACGACACCCUACCUGCGCGCAGGCCCUCGGCGUCUAGCGCCCGCCGGCGGCCCAUCUCGUCAUGUCAGGCCCUGCUUGGAUUUAGUUCUUCAGGCCUCCGCCCACCCGCCUACCCGAAGCCGCGCCCACCGCCCAGAGCCAGAGGGAUGGUGGUAGUCACCGGGCGGGAGCCAGACAGCCGUCACUCGGACGGUGCCAUGUCCAGCUCCGAAGCCGAAGACGACUUCCUGGAGCCGGCCACUCCUACGGCCACGCAGGCGGGGCACGGGCUGCCCCUGCUGCCCCAGGAGUUUCCUGAGGUCGUCCCCCUUAACAUUGGAGGGGCUCACUUUACCACACGCCUGUCUACCCUGCGGCGCUAUGAAGACACCAUGCUGGCUGCCAUGUUCAGUGGGCGACAUUACAUCCCCACAGACUCCGAGGGCCGGUACUUCAUUGACCGAGAUGGCACACACUUUGGAGAUGUGCUGAACUUCCUGCGGUCGGGGGACCUGCCACCCCGGGAGCAUGUGCGGGCUGUGCACAAAGAGGCCCAGUACUAUGCCAUCGGGCCCCUCUUGGAGCAGCUAGAGAACAUGCAGCCUCUAAAGGGCGAGAAGGUGCGCCAGGCCUUUCUGGGGCUCAUGCCUUAUUACAAAGACCAUUUGGAGCGGAUCGUGGAGAUUGCCCGGCUGCGCGCAGUCCAGCGGAAGGCCCGCUUUGCCAAGCUCAAAGUCUGUGUCUUCAAGGAAGAGAUGCCCAUCACCCCCUAUGAGUGUCCACUCCUCAACUCCCUGCGCUUUGAGCGGAGCGAGAGUGACGGACAGCUCUUUGAGCACCACUGUGAAGUGGACGUGUCUUUCGGGCCCUGGGAGGCAGUGGCUGAUGUGUAUGACCUGUUGCACUGUCUGGUCACGGACCUGUCAGCCCAGGGCCUCACAGUGGACCACCAGUGCAUCGGGGUGUGCGACAAGCACCUUGUCAACCACUACUACUGCAAACGCCCCAUCUAUGAGUUCAAAAUCACAUGGUGGUGAGCAGUCCUGCUAGGCAAGGGUCCCAUGAAGGAGGCUGUCCGUCCAUCCUCUUGGGUGGCUCUGGGAGUCUGAUCCCCAGAGGAGCUGCUGACUGUCCCAGAACCUGCUGAGGUGAGGACAGAGCGCCGAGGCACAGAUGCAGAGGCUCGGGUGCUGCUGCCGUCUCCCUGGCUCCGCUACCUUGGGGACUCAGUCUGCUCUCACCUGGUCUUUUCCUCGAGGCAUGGCGGCGGUCUUCACUGGAGGCCACGGGACCUAGUGAGGACGUCACUGGGAGUCCAGAGAGGUUUGAUACCUUCUUGACACCGUGCAGGAGUGCUUCUGCCCAUGUGAGAGCCGUGUCACUGAAGGAGGUGUCACCACUUUCUCACCCCGUCCGAACAUUCCUGUGCUCGGUGUGUUAGUCGGAAUAAGGAGUGCGGUAGGGGAUUUACCCAAGUAUCACCCUGUAGCCCUGGCCAAAGAAGAGAGAGUCCCUUCCCUCCCAGUGUGCUCCUUGCUCCUCGGUGCCUGAAGCACCUUGUCUUAGUGUGGAAAGAUACAUCCUGUGCUCCCAGAACAUACCUGUCACCUUCUCUUGGAGAUUAACCACCGCUGCCAAAGCCAUGUACCAGUUGGGCCUUAGAAAAAAACAAACAAACACAAUGUUUACAGCCCUGCCCUGGGGCUUUGGCUUUACCUUCCUUGCAGAGUCAUUCUCUCACAGGACUGACGAUUCCCCCAGUCAGGCAGACACCGAGUCUAGAUCUCUUGACAUGUAGCAUCCCUCUCGGGGGCCGAGAGCACGGCCCGCUGCCAAGUCUUGUGUUAGGAUCCAAUGUGGUGGACCUCCGGAAGGGACACCCUCUUUCUUUGGUAUUGUUUCUUCAGGGUCGGGGGCCGAGGAACAUAAGUCCUGGGUUGGAGGCGCAGCCGUCCUGGGGGCUGAAGGUGAUGGAAGUAGACUUAUGUGUUCUACUUCCUGUUUCAGAAAGAGAAAACAGUCCACAAUAACUUCUUUCUCUUCAGCCAAGGUGCAGCAUGGAUCCCCUAAAGAGAGAGUAGUGUAGCUCUCCUCUGAGAGCAUUGCAUGUCCAGGCUGCACAGUGGGUAAUCAUGGGUGUCCUUGACCAUUCCUGGAUAGUAUUUUCCUUUUAAUUCAACUUUUUUUUUAAUGUAAGGAGUUGUAAGGGCAGCACCACCAAUAUCAGUCUUGUAGGAUCAGAGUGGUCCAGUGAGGCACUGGGGGGUUAAGAGCAUCCAUGUGCUUCAGAGAACUAGAAGGCCAAGGCCUGGGCACUGAGCUAAAUUCCUGUGCGCCAUAGGUGGAGGGCAGUGGCUUCCCCAGGCUCUGGUAGAAACACCUUGUUUUUGAAUUUGUGUUUUACUCUGAGUGUAACAGAGGUAGAGACUGAGGUCCAAGAGGGAGUGAGAAGCAGUCAUCUUCCAGGAUGCCUGCUCUCUCUGUUCUCCUCAGCAAAUAAUAGCAUCUUCUGGGGUGCUGAUGCCCCUGCUUGGCGCUUAGCCCGACACUAUGGCUCUGGCCUUGUCGUAGCAAAGAGGUUCUUUAUUUAAAUAGACUUUAUUUCUGUUUUUCCGACAGGGUCUCAUGUAGCCCAGGUUGGCCUCAAAUUAGCUGUAUAGCUAAGGAUGGCCUUAUAUUCUUGACCUUCCUGCCUCUACCCCUGCCCCCCCCCAGUGCUCUGGGGGGUAUAGGCAUGUCCCACCACACCUGGCUCUGUGUUCCUUUCUUUUUUAAUAGCUAGUGAAGCCCACCAUUGAGGAUGAUGUCCAUAGGAGUAGAGAGCCGACAGGUAAGCCUGGGGCUUUUAGGAACUGGGCCUGGGGCUCUUUCCAUUCCUGCUGUAGAGUCCUUCAAUGCUUGGAACUUUAGAGUCCACAGACAGAAGACAGAGAAAACGGAUCUGCUCCAAAACCAGGCCCAGACUGCUUGCUUAAGGUCACAAGGAUUCUGGGUAAAGACAUUGUCUCUGUGACUUGCUGGAGACACUUUUUCCGUCCCCUCUUUUAUUCUCAGGAUGACAUGUUUUGUGUCAUUGUGACGAGAAUGCUCCAGGCCACUGGAACAGGCAGAGGAGGGGCACUCAAUAACCAGCUCAGAAUCCCCUCCCCUUUCAAUUCCUUUUUUUUUUUUAAUAGUUGACUUGAUGUUUGCAAUAUUAGGGCAGACCAUGUGAUGAAUCUUCGUGUGUGUGUGUAUGUGUGUUUUUUAAUAACAAAACCCUUUGCAUUUUUAAGCCAGUGACUUCUGUACUUUCUUGCAGCACAGAAACUUUUCUUUGUACUAAAAAAUAUAUUUAUUAUAAUCACAAUUCUUCCUUGACUAGUGAAAUAGAAAUAUGGAAUAUAAAAUAAAGCAAUAUAUAUUGGGAUCUGGGAUGUGGUUUCAUGAUAGAAGACCUACCUACUAUGCACAAGGCCCUGGGUUCCCUCCCCAGCACCACCAAAAAAAAAAAAAAAAAACAGUAUCAUGUCACAGUGUAUCUUUGCUGUAUGGGCCUCUACACUCACUUUCUGCUCACCUCUCUUGGGGCUUUUCUUAAAUGAAAUAAAAGAAUUCAUCAGCCUG